GAGCGCGCGAGCAGUGCCGAUCGGAGCUGGGAGGUGCUGGGGAAAGGCAGGCAGAGCCCGGCCGGCCGCCUGCGGCUCCGCGCCGUUCUUGCUGCGUCCCCGGCUCCAGGUACCCUCGCCUCUGCCCAGGCUCCAGCAAAAGUUUUAUUCUCUGAGGCCCCCCCCCCUGGCGUGUCUGAAGGACUCGGAGCGAUUGGCCCGCUGUGCGCUCCCCUGCGGCGGUGACCAAGGGGACGUGCAUCCCUCGCCCGCGGGGCUCUGGUGCCUCGCGCUUCCUCACCUGCAGAUCGCUCCCCGGAGCGGCGAGGGGCCCCAGCUGAGGGACCGCGCGGGGCGCCCAGAAACUCUCCAGCCCACCGCCGCAGACCCGCCCGGUUCAACUUAAACUUGAUUUCUCUCGUCCAGCCCCGGCACCCGCGACUGCUCUGCCACCGCUGGCGUCUCGGCCGCCGCAGCCGCCGCCUCACAAAGGGGAGUAGGGAGGGGUAGCAGGCGGCGGGCACCGGCGCCGGUACGCAAGGCGCUAGCCUCCGGGCCGCCGAGGCCGGGAGACAAAAGGGAAACUGCCUCUGUUCGCCGGACCGGCUCGGAGCUGCCCGAUCGUUCGCCUCCCGCCCGGCUCCGUGAGCCUCUUCCCCCCCCGCCUACCCUCGGCUGCUGCUCCGUCUCCCUCCCCGCGGGCUGUCCCCGCAGUGCUCCGGGACCCAGCCAGCCUUCGGGGCGCGCGUCGCUGCUGGUGGUUGGGGCUCUAGCGAUAAUAAAUGAUAGAGGAUACAAUGACUUUGCUAUCUCUCCUGGGUCGCAUCAUGCGCUACUUCUUGCUGAGACCCGAGACGCUCUUCCUGCUGUGCAUCAGCCUGGCGCUGUGGAGUUACUUCUUCCACACGGACGAGGUGAAGACCAUCGUCAAAUCCAGCCGGGACGCCGUGAAGAUGGUGAAGGGCAAGGUGGCCGAGAUCAUGCAGAACGAUCGGCUAGGGGGGCUCGACGUGCUGGAGGCUGAGUUCUCCAAGACCUGGGAGUUCAAGAGCCACAAUGUGGCGGUGUAUUCCAUCCAGGGUCGGAGAGACCACAUGGAGGACCGUUUCGAAGUUCUUACGGACCUAGCCAACAAGACGCACCCCUCUAUCUUCGGGAUCUUCGACGGCCACGGGGGCGAGACAGCAGCUGAAUAUGUAAAAUCUCGACUCCCAGAGGCCCUUAAGCAGCAUCUUCAAGACUACGAGAAAGACAAAGAAAAUAGUGUAUUGUCUUACCAGACCAUCCUUGAACAGCAGAUUCUAUCAAUUGACCGAGAAAUGCUAGAAAAAUUGACUGUAUCCUAUGAUGAAGCAGGGACAACGUGUUUGAUUGCUCUGCUAUCAGAUAAAGACCUCACUGUGGCCAACGUGGGUGACUCGCGUGGGGUCCUAUGUGACAAGGAUGGGAAUGCCAUUCCUUUGUCUCAUGAUCACAAACCCUACCAGCUAAAGGAGAGGAAGAGGAUAAAGAGAGCCGGUGGUUUUAUCAGUUUCAAUGGCUCCUGGAGGGUCCAGGGGAUCCUGGCCAUGUCUCGAUCGCUGGGGGAUUAUCCACUGAAAAACCUCAAUGUGGUCAUCCCAGAUCCAGAUAUCCUGACCUUUGACUUGGACAAGCUCCAGCCCGAGUUCAUGAUCUUGGCAUCAGAUGGCCUCUGGGAUGCUUUCAGCAACGAGGAAGCUGUUCGAUUCAUCAAGGACCGCUUGGAUGAACCUCACUUUGGGGCCAAGAGCAUCGUUUUACAGUCCUUUUACAGAGGCUGCCCUGACAAUAUAACAGUCAUGGUGGUGAAGUUCAGGAAUAGCAGUAAAACAGAAGAGCAGUGAACCCUUCGGGGUCUCAGCUGCCUUAGACUAAAGGACUUUCAACACACUGGUCUCUUUUAAUGUAGUGAAAGGUGUGGGAGUUACAAUUAGGAUCAUCCAUCCCAGACAUGGGGUUCCCUGUCCCCAACUGUCUUAAGUCUAUGUGCCGUAUGAACAGAGGGUGCUCUUGGCCAAUGUAGUUGAGAUGCUGGAAAAUAGUUUCUUCGUAUUUUCCCAACACUUUCAUCCAAUGUCCAAAAUAUAUAUAGCUGUAGAUUCACAUGUGUGACGUGAAAGGCGUAUGUGCCAUAUAUUCUCGUUUUACAGUUGCUUUUUAGAUCCAUUACAGGGCCCUCGGAUCAUCAGACUUUGUGUCCUCUCACUGGAGCAAUGAGCAGAACAGGACUCCCAGGAGAUGCUGUGGGUAACCCAUGAGUCAGAGCCAAUGUGGCCAUGCCCCUUGCUGAGAGGCAGAGCUGUCCCUAGGGUGCUUUGUCCUCCUGAGCCCAGUUUUUCUGCUCUGCAGCAGCCCAGAAACAGAUUUGAAAAUGGUUUAUUAUUCCACAGCUGUUCUUGAAGGCUGAGGGAAGUGGGGAGGAGGAGAACCGCCUGCACCCCUUAAGUCACCUUCCCCUGCCUUCAUUAGUUAAAUAGACUUUGUAUACCACCCAACCAGUCUUUGUGUGUUUAUCCUAAUCGUGCAUGGCUUUAACCUUUUGCUUACACCUUACCUAAUGGAAUAGGCAGCUGUUAAACUUUACCACCAGACACCGUGAUUUUUUUACAGUACUAAGUGGAAAAAAGCAAAUUGCAAUACCGUAAUCCUUCUACCUUUAAGGAUAGAUGGGGAAAUCACGGCCAAAUAAGUCACAGCAUCCCCUGGGAAGUUUGCUGCUUUGCAUUGGGAGAGAAAGCUACUGAGGUUGCCAUCCUGACUUGAGCACCAGCUGCCCGGUUUUGUGCAUUUCUUUCUCUCCUAGUAGCUUUUGAGUGUCUCUCAAGCGUUGUUCUGAGAAGCAGCUGCAUAGAACUGCAUGUGUGCCCCCUGAAGCCAAGUACAGAGUCCCCAGCCUCCUGUUGGAAUUCGGUAGUAAGUUACUGGGAUGUGCUUCUGCUAGAUGGUGGAAAGGCAGCAGUCUUUAUUGUUUGGUUGCAAACCAUUGAGUUAUUUUGGGGCCAGACCUGCUACUUUUCAUUUCUUAUCACCAAUGUCACGUUUCCAUUCUCAGUAUUUUAUUAUGGAAAAUGCUGGGCUCAAACAGCCAAACAAGAUUUUCAUGGCAUCCCCACCCAGUCUGUGUCUGAAAAACCAGGGCAUCUAUCUGGUUUUGUCCUUCCAGAGUGGGCAUUUGUCUUUAUGGCUUCUCCGAGGCCCCAUUCGCUGACCACCUCCUCCUCUGCCUUCUUCAAAUGUGGAAGGUCCUAGGAGAGAACUCGGGAGGAUGCAAAGAUCCCUUUGUGGCUGCCGAGGACUGUGAUCUGUCUGGAUCCCUCUGAGCUCUUAACUUUUAUUUAACUGAAAGAAUAAUGGUUUCCCAAGCGAUGUACUUUUGUAAACUAACAUUGGAAUUUACGAUAUUAGAACUUUGGUUUUGGUUUUUUUAAGUGUAGCAUGUUCCAGUACAAAAUACCUGCCACCUGUUAGAUUGGAGUUUCUGCCUCUUGAGAGGCACAAUGUUUGGUUGUGUGUAUUUGAGGUGGGGGUGGGGAGGGAGUUGUGGGAAACAUGCUGGUUAUGAUUAUUGAUGGGAUGGUCAGGCCAGGUGGCCUGAGUUUGUUUGGGGAUUCGGGACAUUCUGAUUAUGAAGUUACUGGAGCCCACCCUCUAACUGGAGUCCAAGAGUAAGCAGUGUCAGCAUGUUACAGUACAUAGUUAAUUUUCCUUUUUCUAUUUUUAACUUAACUCAGAAUUCAUAAAUAACAAUGGAAAGAC